AUGGUUCAUCUAUCACUAGCCUUUAUACCAACUAUCCUUGUCAUAAUCUUACUAAUGUACCGUCGCAUUUUACGGGUCAAAUUCAAGCUUCCCCCAGGCCCAAGGCCAUGGCCCAUUGUGGGUAACAUAUACAACCUAAAACCAGUCCAUUUCAAGUGCUUCUAUGAAUGGGCCCAAGCAUAUGGCCCAUUUAUAUCGGUAUGGUUCGGGUCGGACCUAAACGUCAUCGUUUCGAGCUCGGAUUUGGCUAAGGAAGUGUUGAAACAUCAUGAUCGAGAGUUGGCUAAUAGAUAUAGAAUUAAAUCUCAAACAACUUUUAUCAAAGAUGGUAUGGAUCUCACUUGGGCUGAUUACGGGCCUCAUUAUGUUAAAGUAAGAAAAUUGUGUACUCAUGCAUUAUUCAGCAGUAAGAAAAUUGAGGCCCAAAGGCCCAUUAGAGAAGAGGAGGUCACUACCAUGAUUGAGUCCAUCUAUAGGGAUUGCAAUAGUUCAAGUGAAAAAUGCGUGAUAACAUUGAGGAAAUACUUGGUGGAAGUGGCACUAAAUCAUGUCACUAGGAUAACAUUUGGUAAGAGAUUUUUCAACUCAGAAAGAGAACUAGAUGAGCAAGGACAAGAGUUUAUGCGCAUAAUACUUGGAGUGAGGGAGACUAAGAGGCCAAGUAUGGUGGUGGAGCAUGUACCAUGGCUGCAAUGGCUGUCAUGCUUCUAUGAUCAACCUCUGGACGAGCAUCGAGAUCGAAUGGACCGCUUCGCCAAGGCGAUCAUGGAGGAGGAAGAUAAGCAACAUUUGCUUGAUGCUUUGCUUUCAUGGAAGGACGAGUAUGGCCUAAGUGAAGAAACCAUCGUAGGCCUCCUUUGGGACAUGGUGAUGGCAGGUAUGGACACAAUCGCAAUCACAGUUGAAUGGGCAAUGACAGAACUACUUAGACACCCAAGAGUCAUACAAAAAGCUCAUUAUGAACUAGAUGACAUAAUUGGUCAUGAAAGAUAUAUAACUGAAGAAGAUAUGAUAAACCUUCCAUAUUUACAAGCUAUCAUCAAGGAAGCCCUAAGGAUGCACCCUCCAACCCCUUUAAUGCUACCACAUAAAGCUAAUGCCAACAUCAACAUUCAAGGCUAUGACAUUCCUAAGGGAACCAUUGUCCUUGUGAAUGUUUGGGCUAUCGCCCGUGACCCGGAAAUUUGGUUGAACCCACAUGAGUUUCGACCCGAACGAUUCCUUGAUGAGGAAGAUGUGGACAUCAUGGGUCAUGAUUUUAGAUUGUUACCAUUUGGGGCAGGUAGACGUAUUUGCAUGGGUGCACAAAUGAGCAUAAAUCUGGUUACAUUGAUGUUGGGUCAUCUUUUGCACCACUUUGAUUGGUGCCCACCAAUUGGAGUUAAACCUGAAGAAAUUUCCAUGGCCGAGAUCCCUGGAGCUGUUAGUUAUAUGGCCACUCCUCUCCAAAUUGUGCCUCUUCCUAGGUUACCUGCGCACUUGUACAAACGUAAUUAA